UGCACUUUUCAGCAUGUAGCAGGGGAAUACCAUGGCGGACACGCUGUCAGAAUUCUCGGUUGGGGCGAGGAGGAUGGAGUCCCGUACUGGCUGAUGGCUAAUUCCUGGAACAGAGACUGGGGUGAAGAUGGUUAUUUCCGUAUCUUACGUGGAGCGGAUGAAUGCGGUAUUGAAUCGGAAAUAGUCGCAGGUAUACCCAGACUGUCGUCAAAAGAAAAGCUUCAUGACAGCUAA